AUGGACCCAGCAGUUAAAACCCCAGACCUCAAGGUCCAAGAACCUAUCCACCUAUCCACCAUCUACGAAUCCCAAACCGAGGAUGCCUUCAAACCAGCAUCCACAGCCUCAAAGGUCCCAGAAGCCCCCACCGGACAAACCACGACCAGAGAAUCGUCGAUCUCAAAGACCUCAUCCUCAGCAAUCACCCCCGAGGCCCCGGCAGCGGAAGUCCAAGCCAAAGCCCAAGUCGAAGACGAAACCCAAGCCCAAGCAGGCCAAGAGAGGAGCGUCCCAAGCCUCUUCAGCCUCGCAGGAAAAAUCAUCAUCGUCACUGGAGCAGCACGCGACAUCGGCCUCACCAUGUCAGAGUCGCUCGUCGAGUGCGGAGCCAUCGCCCCAGCCCCGAGUUCGACCGCCUCGCCGCCUCUCCCCAAAGGAACACUAACCUACCACCCCAUCGACGUUGUCGACGUCCCUGCGCUAGACACUCUCGUCACCAGCAUCGCCGGAACACACUCCAGGCUCCACGGCCUCAUCGCAGCAGCUGGGAUCCAGCACGAAGCUCCCGCUCUUACCUACUCUGCCGAGACAUGCAACCGGGUCCUGGCUGUAAACAUCACCGGCGUGAUGUCUUCCGCACAGGCCGUCGCGCAUGCCAUGCGCCAGGCUGGGGUUCAGCAGCUGGGGCGUAGUUUGGCGGCGGAGUGGGGGAGAGAGGGGAUCAGGGUCAAUACGAUUAGCCCGGGCUACGUGGUGACGCAGAUGGUGGAGGAGCUUUUUGAGAAGUUUCCAGAGAGGAGAGAUGGGUGGGCGGGGGAGAAUAUGCUUGGGAGGUUGGGGAAGCCGGGGGAUUUGGGUGGGGCAGGGGUGUUUCUCAUGGCGGGGUGCAGUGGGUGGAUGACUGGAGGGGAUUUGAGGAUUGAUGGAGGGAAUACUGCUUGGUAG